ACGGAAGAAACGCAGCAUUCAACCAUCAGAGCGCCCAACAUGAGAGUCAGACACACUUUAAUCUGCUUCUUCUUCCUCUCUCUGAGGGAGGAAAGCACAGCUAUCUUUAAUGAAGAUAUCGGUGUUCGUACAGGAACUGAAGGAGGAAACAUCACAGUUGCAUGCACCUUCAGUUUAUCUGGAAAAAGGAAGAUCUUCUGCAGGGAUGACUGUGACAAAGGGAACAUCCUUGUUGAAACAACUGGUGUCAGUAAUCAGAGUGGGAGAUACAGCAUUGAAUAUAAUGAAGGAACUUUUCUAUCAACUUCUACACUUCUCUAUGUGAGCAUCACAAAUCUGACAAAGUCUGACUCUGGACGGUACAGCUGUAAGUUGGACAGAAGUUUGCCUCCAGAUUCAAGUGAGACGUUUGAGCUCAGAGUCAAAGACGCUCCAAAGACUACUAAACCAAACAGGACUCUCCAACCUUUUUCAGCAUCAACCUCCUCAACCACAACACGGACAUCAACGGAGACUCUGAACUCCACUUCAGGAAGCACCACACCUUCAUCAGCCUCUCAAGAAAUUACCGAUAAAUCAGAUCAGGAAACAAGUAUAUUUCCAAAAUUAAAAUACCAGACUGAUCCUCUGCCGUAUUUGGGUCUGCUCCUGGUCCUCCUGAUCAUCAUAUUAUCAGUGAUCCUGCUGAUAUACUGCAAGAAGAGGACCCGUAAACCCAAAGGCCCUCCUGUUCAAACUGAGUAUGCUGACAUCUCAGGGGCCAACCGAGUGUAUGAGGAGAUCAGAGAGGAGAACAGACCGAACACAUCUCCCCAUGUGAACAUUUCUACAGUUUACACUUGUGCCAAAUUUUCUAAACCAAAUGAGGCUGAAACCACAGGCGACUACAGCCUGGUGUCUGCUGCAGGUCCUCCGAACAAAACUGAAGACGACUUGAGUGAACUCCACUACUCUACAGUAGAUUUCCCCAACAAUCCAGCCGCCUCGUACGACAGCGCCCCCCCUGGAGGAGCAAAUAAUGUCGUCUACUCUCUGCCUCGAGUGGAAGCAAGCUCAGAAGACGCUUCACCUCCUCUGUAUUCCACUGUGACUCGACCGUAGCUUUAGCUUUCAUGCUAACAAACCAGCAUUACUCUCUCAGGGAUGGACCGAUGAACAGUUUAGAGUUCAUAGCUUUCUUUGUUCACAACAUAUCUGCACUGUAGCAUAAAAACAAGAGCUUCACAUUAGAGUGGCUUUUACUGCUCCUAUGUUUUUUUUUAAUAUUUAAAGAAUGUAAAGUAUUAGAAAUGUACGUUUAUUUGCUUUAAGUUAAUAAUAUAUAUUUUGAGAUAUUUUAUAUUUAGAUAGGCAAGGCAAGGCAAGGCAGCUUUAUUUGUAUAGCGCAUUUCAUACA